GCUCACGGUAGCAUCUGGAUGGUCCAUCUCAUCAAAGAUUUAUGGGUUACAUUUAUUACAUUUUCUCCAUCGUUACAUACAAUACUGUAUACCCUGUCUCCAGUACUCCUCCUACUACCUAGUGAGUAUCCCAAAAGGGCUGCAUCCACGGACCCUCAGUGGCUGCAGGGCGUUGCAGCCCCAGCAAGCCACCCAAGCGCAUGGAUGCUCAACCUUUUUUUUUUUUUUUGUGCUCUGUAAACUCUGUUGCACCUUUCAGCAGUG